AUGGCUUCCUACAAAGAGAUUAUUCUUGAAAAAGCUGAGACCGAAAAGAUUAUUGACUUUAGGCAAGAGUUCUUGGAAAAAAACGCCACAAAGUUUAUUGUUCCCAACUGUAGCGAAGAGCUGUAUAACAAAAUUGCGAACUCAAAUCCGCACAUCAAAUUAAAUCUUAUUCGGGGUAAAUUGGAGAUAAUUCCAGUACUGGCACAUACUGAUGAAAGAGAAGCAGAAAUUGUUGGGCAGGUUCGCAAUUGGCGUGUUGUUAAUAGACACCUUGUUGGACAUUAUGGUGGACCAUCGGGAGCCUAUAAAGUGCCUGAUGGUGCCGGUGGAACUAACAUCUUGGGUCCUGAUGCGUCUAUUGUCCCACCCAAAGCCAACAUACCCAAUAUGCCACCCUUACAACCUGGAGAACCCGAUUUCCCACAAGUCGCUCCAAACUUUGUGAUAGAGUUACGAUCUGAUAGUGACUCAGCUUCAGACGUGCAUGAGAAAAUGCUGAAUUGGAUGAUUGGAGGAGUUGAUAAAGGAAUAUCAAUUGAUCCUUUCACGAAUAUAAUAAAAGUCUACACCAGAGAUUUAACAACAAAUACAAUCACUUGUCAUGAACAUCAUAGUUGCACCCGAGCUACCCGGAUUGCCUCACAAGUUCUUCCCGGAUUUGUGUUGAGCCUGUACGAUAUCUUUUAA